GCUAAUUCCGUCCGCUGGAAACAUGGAGGCUGUGCUGAGCGAUGUGGUAGCUCCCGAAGACCUCUUAAAAUUUGAGAAGAAAUACAACAAUGAGCUGGGGAAGGGGGCAGUCUCCAAAGAAACCAAGUUUGAAUAUGCCUGGUGUUUGAUCAGGAGUAAAUACACCAACGACAUCAAGAAGGGAAUUGCCUUCCUAGAGGAACUUGUUCAGAAAGCAUCAAAGGACGACUCGCGGGACUUUCUGUUCUACCUUGGAGUUGCCAACUACCGACUCAAAGAAUAUGAGAAAGCCCUGAAGUAUAUCCGGACUCUUCUCAAAAACGAGCCGGGAAACAAGCAGGCUCUAGAGCUUGAGAAACUCAUUGACAAGGCAUUAAAAAAAGAUGGCUUGGUUGGCAUGGCGAUUGUCGGGGGAAUUGGUCUUGGCGUUGCCGGGUUAGCAGGCCUCAUCGGCUUGGCGGUGUCGAAGGGAGCUGCCAAAUCCUAAUCUGGAUGUCCGACAUCUUGGCUUCUUUAUUAUUUUGUGGACUUAUCUGCUUAAACUAAAAAUUAAAGUGGAAUGGAUGUGUGUAUAUAUGGUUGAGGUUUGAUAUAUGCUGCAACGCGUUGAAAGAUUUCAAUAAUUGCAGUGAUCUAAUUGUUUUAAUACGUUAAAGUUGGAAAAUCUAUUUACUUUUUUUUUUAUUUGUUCAGACACUCUAGCAUGGCACUCUCUUAUUCUUGUAUAACGAGCUUAAAUUUCAUUCACAUUUUGUAGAAGAAAAAUAACGAGCAAAUCUUUCUAACAUGGUUCUGUAACUUAAAUGAUUCUGAGUUGUUUAAGGAAGUAUUGGUGCAGUGCAACAUGUAUUUUGUACUAUGAAGAAGAACCGGGUCAAGUGUUGGAUCAGUGAGGAAGAUGCUGCCGCCAUGGAACAACAAGCACGUGUUCGCAUUUAAUUAGGACAAACGGCUUUUUGUUCUGAACAAGACUCCGAGAGAUGUGAUGCACUUCUCUGGAAAAUAAUAUUUUUCUUUUGUAAAAUGCAUUCCUGAUUAUUGACAUCUGCUCUAUUUAAUUGUUUUCCAUCUUGUUGAAUAAAAUGACUAAGUGAACAUCAGUGUUCCUAAAAAAACUGUUGCUAAGCUGUUAAUCAUACAUAUAGUUGACUUAAAUAGCACACAAAUUGUAUAUUUUAUUCAUGUCCAACAGAAAGUUAUGUUGCAUUAUGAAAUGCAAGAAUGUAAGUAAAACUUAAAAAAAGGAUGAAUACAAUUUGUUCAUAGAAAGUUGGAAUAUUUAACUUUUGAGUGUUGCGUUUGUAGCCAAGCAACAAUCAAGCAGAUGACAUCACAUGUAGU